AACAUCAUGUUUAAAACAUGCCUUUCUUUUUUCUGCUUUCUACCUCAGUAUUACUCUACUGACUGGCAGAGAGGAGAGGUAGAUGUCCACGCCCACAGACCCUGGUGCGAUGCCCCACCCAGGGCCUUCGCCAGGGCCCGGACCCUCCCCUGGACCAAUUCUCGGACCUAGUCCAGGACCAGGACCAUCGCCAGGUUCUGUCCACAGUAUGAUGGGGCCAAGUCCUGGGCCUCCGAGCGUUUCGCACCCUAUGCCGACAAUGGGGUCUGCAGACUUCCCACAGGAAGGCAUACAUCAGAUGCACAAGCCCAUUGAUGGUAUGCAUGACAAGGGGAUUGUGGAAGAUAUCCAUUGUGGAGCCAUGAAGGGCACCGGUAUGCGACCACCUCACCCGGGAAUGGGACCUCCCCAGAGUCCAAUGGAUCAACACAGCCAAGGUUAUAUGUCUCCGCACCCGUCUCCAUUGGGAGCUCCAGAGCAUGUCUCCAGCCCUAUGUCUGGAGGAGGCCCAACCCCACCCCAGAUACCACCAAGCCAGCCAGGGCCCCUCAUCCCGGGUGAUCCACAGGCAAUGAGCCAGCCCAACAGAGGUCCCUCGCCUUUCAGUCCUGUCCAGCUGCAUCAGCUUCGAGCUCAGAUUUUAGCUUACAAAAUGCUGGCCGGGGGCCAGCCCCUCCCCGAAACACUGCAGCUUGCAGUCCAGGGGAAAAGGACGUUGCCUGGCAUGCAGCAGCAGCAGCAACAGCAGCAACAACAGCAGCAGCAGCAGCAGCAGCAGCAGCAGCAACAGCAACAGCAGCAGCAGCCGCCACCACAACCACAGCAACAACAACAGCAGCCAGCCCUUGUUAACUACAACAGACCAUCUGCCGCGCAGCCGCCCGCAGCCGCCGUGCCCGGGCCCUCGGUGCCGCAGCCGACCCCAGGGCAGCCCUCGCCCAUCCUUCAGCUGCAGCAGAAGCAGAGCCGGAUCAGCCCCAUCCAGAAACCGCAAGGCCUGGACCCCGUGGAGAUCCUGCAGGAGCGGGAAUACAGACUUCAGGCUCGCAUAGCUCACAGGAUACAAGAACUGGAAAAUCUGCCUGGCUCUUUGCCACCAGAUUUACGAACCAAAGCAACCGUGGAACUGAAAGCACUUCGGUUACUCAAUUUCCAGCGUCAGCUGAGACAGGAGGUGGUGGCCUGCAUGCGCAGGGACACAACCCUCGAGACGGCUCUAAACUCGAAAGCAUACAAGCGGAGCAAGCGCCAGACUCUGAGAGAAGCCCGCAUGACUGAGAAACUAGAGAAGCAGCAGAAGAUUGAGCAAGAGAGGAAGCGUCGGCAGAAACACCAGGUGCUCAGAACUGGGCUUCACCUACCCCCACUUUGA